AUGGCACACAUGCCUUACACGCAACUCUCCAUGGCGUUUACCAGGGCUGAACUCGCUGUCAUAGGCAGUGCGUUUAUCGUCGCGCUCUGGCUGCUGUGGAAAUCCCUGAUCCUUAGAAAGAAUGCAUCAAAGCUACCCCUACCUCCUUAUGUUCCGAUAACGGACUAUGAACUUCUACAUUCGCCCAUCGAAAAGAUGACAGAAGGGUUGCAAAAGCAUGGCCCAGUUAUCAUGGUCAAAAGAAAUGGCAGGAAAGAAUACCUUGUUUCAGAACAGUUCACCCGAAGGAUCCUAACGGAGGAUAAGUCCUUCAGUUUUGAAAAUGGCAUGGCGGAGGUGCUCGGUAUUAACUGGCUGAUCAAUCUCCAUGAAGGGUCCUUUUUCCGUGACCUAGACAUCAUCGCGAGAGACUUUUCGGGUCGACGGUUGAACCAGGCUAUUCCCAAAAUAUGGCCAAUUUUUGAACGAGUCGUUUCGAAAAUAACGAAGGCCGGCCAGGAAAGAAAUCCUAUGGAUAUCUGGGUUAUAAUGCAAUCAACCAUGGCCGAAGUAGCAAUCACCAUCUUCCUUGGUCAGAAAUACAACAACGUUGAAUACCAGAGUAGCGUCAUUGCCCUGUCUCAGGAUAUUACAGAAUUGAUGGGAUUGGUCCCUAACAAGUCCUGGGCCGCACGAAAAUUGCCUUUCCUAUGGCAUCCCUAUACAUGGAUCCGAAUCAUGCUCAUACGAAUUCCCUGGGAUUUUGGGCGGAAAUUUUCUGGCGAGCUAUGGGCGGAUAUUUCCGUCAAGUACAUCCCCCGUGAUACAAAGGAUGAGACUAUCGUGCAGUAUCUCAUGCGUCGAUAUGCCGGUAAAGAUGGCUACGUACCUAUACUGUCGCGGAUAUGGAUCAUGGUAUUGAUAAUUACUAUUGCAUUCGUUAGCGUCCACACGACAGUUGCUGCCAUUAUCUGGGUUACUUUUUACCUGGCAUUAUACCCUGAGACUCAGAAAAUUCUCCACGAGGAAAUCUCGUCCAUUGUUCAGGAGGAGGAGAAUGCCGAUGGAAGCUUUGUCCUUGAUUCUUCGGGAAUAGCUAAAGCGGUCAAAACCGACUCUUUCAUCCGAGAGGUCAUGCGAAUGAAAGGAGACACCAUUAACGUUGCUAGAUUGACCAUGAAGGACGUCGAGCUUGGUGGGUAUAGAAUUCCAAAAGGUUAUUUGGUCUUCCCAGUCGCAUACCUAUCAAACAGAUCACCUGAGUGCUAUUCAGAUCCGAACGUAUUUAACCCGUUGCGGUGGGUUGGGACUGGCAAGUCUGCUGGCACAGCAGGCGCAGGGUAUAUGGCCUUCGGGCUAGGACGGUGGUCUUGUCCUGGGAGGUUCUUGGGCAUAAUGGAGAUGAAGACUUGGAUCCUCGCUCUAGUGAAGCAUUCACAGGUAGAACUGGAGGGUGGGAAGUUCGAAGUGUUCAACUGGUACAACAUUGCCAGUGUUCCACCGCAGGGCCGUCUUUUGAUCGACAAGCGCGAGUAA